AUACAAGAAGGGCUCUGUGCAGUCCACAGGGGUCAGCCCCAGGUCUGUGGCCUCUACUCUGCGGGACACCAUUAGGGAAAUUUGUACUAGUUCAAACUGGAGGGCUUCAAUCUGUUUGCUUUUUUUCUUUAACUACGCUUGGUUUAUCGUUGUAUUAUUUAUUUUUCGGUUAAACUAUAAACCUAAGUUGCAUCACCGGAUUUCUGCCCCAAGAAACCUCCUCCCUGCAGACUUGAUGGCGUUUUGUCCUUGGGCAUCAGCAGCUACCCUGGGGCCAAGAGACAUGGAGAACAGCCCGAGUUGGACAGGAAAUGAAAGCUACUGGCUGACUUAAAAAAAAACCCUGGGCUUCACAAAUUUGAAGACGUCCCAGAGUAAGGCAUGAUGUCAGCAGCAGGAGUUGCUGCUCAGGAUAUUCGAGUCCCAUUAAAACCUGGAUUUCUGCAUAGUGGCCAAGCCUUGGGGACUAUGAAGGCCUGCUGGGACAGCCGCAGUGACUUUGAAAAUAACUUUAUAAAUAUUGAUCCAAUAACCAUGGCCUACAGCCUGAACUCCCCGACUCAGGAACACCUGACAACCCUCGGGUGUGCUUCUCGGUCUGCCCCGCUGAGCGGCCACUUCUUGGCGGAAUAUGGUCGGUCCCCAAAGUCAAGCUUGCCCCCUCUUAUUAUUCCCCCAAGUGACAGCUUGGGACAUCGAGGAGAGGACCAAGUUGUGUGUGGUUUUAAGAAACUCUCAGUGAAUGGAGUCUGCACGCCCACAUCUCCACUUACACCCAUCAGGACCUGCCCUUCCCCCUUCCCCUGCGCAGCUGUCUGUGAUCGGGGCUCCCGGCCGCUCCCGCCAUUGCCCAGCUCUGCAGACCUGUCUCUGGAUGAGGCUGACUGUGAGGUAGAGUUUCUAACCAGCUCAGACACAGAUUUCCUUUUAGAGGAAUGUGCACCUUCUGAUUUCAAGUACGACGUCCCUGGCAGGCGAAGCUUCCGUGGGUGCGGACAGAUCAACUAUGCAUAUUUUGACACCCCGACUGUUUCCGUAGCAGAUCUCAGCUGCACAUCUGACCAGGACAGAGCUCUUCCAGAUCCAAACCCUCCCCCACCUCAGAGCCAUCGGAGAUUAAGGAGGUCUCACUCAGGACCAGCUGGGUCAUUUAACAAGCCUGCCAUCCGGAUAUCUAGCUACACACACAGAGCUUCUCCCAGCUCAGAUGAAGACAAGCCUGAGGUCCCUCCCAGGGUUCCCAUACCUCCUAGGCCAGCCAAGCCAGACUACAGAAGGUGGUCAGCAGAAGUGACCUCCAACACAUACAGUGAUGAAGAUAGGCCUCCCAAAAUCCCCCCAAGAGAACCUUUGUCACGGAGUAACUCCCGUACCCCAAGUCCUAAAAGCCUUCCAUCUUACCUCAAUGGGGUCAUGCCCCCAACACAGAGCUUUGCCCCUGACCCCAAGUAUGUGAGCAGCAAAGCCCUGGAAAGACAGGGCAGUGAAGGGUCUGCCGGCAGAGCUCCCUGCAUCCUGCCCAUUAUUGAAAAUGGGAAGAAGGUCAGUUCAACGCAUUAUUACCUACUACCUGAGAGACCGCCGUACCUAGACAAAUAUGAAAAGUACUUUAGGGAAGCAGAAGAAGCAAACCCAAGCACCCACAUUCAGCCAUUGCCUGCUGCCUGUGGUAUGACCUCUGCCACAGAAAAGCUGGCCUCCAGGAUGAAAAUGGACGUGGGAAGUCACGUGAAGCGCAAACACUUAUCCUACGUGGUUUCUCCAUAACUAAGGGGGUCAUGGUUCAGCAGAAGUUACGUGGAGCGGAUGACUCCCGGUUUUCCAACGUCAGGUUGCGGAAUGAAGUUGGACUCCGUCUUAGUGACACGGGCUUAGAGCAGUCACGAGGCGCUCUUAGCUGGGAGUCCCUGACUUAGCGUAGGAGGAAAAGUGUAAUUGAAGUGUGUGCUAGAGAGAAGGGAAGAAUGGGGGAGCUUUUACAUCUGUCUAUAUUAUAUACCUAUGUAUAAAUGUGUGCUGUAACCAUAGACCAUAGCUGCAGGAUAACCAAUUAGUCACUAUCUUAGAGUAAUAUAUAUUCAGGGUAAGUAAAACCAAGCUGGAGAAACAGCUCCUGAUAGUGUGAAAAUUGAGCAAUGGAAGAAAGCAGUAUUGUUAGAUCAAACUAUAAAUUUGUCUAUCUGUUAGGUUUAAAGAUUCCUGGCAUUCGGGCCUGCUAUAUAGUUUGUGUGCCCCACCCCCACCCCCCCAGCAGUCUUCUCCGUACAGGACAAGGCAUGUUCUUUACCAGGCCCGUACCAUCUUGUUGAAGUCAUUUCUAUGGCCUAACACUUCCAGCUCUGGGAUUGUCUUGUUGAGGAGAAGGACAGCAGUUUCUGGACCAUGUUAUAUCACCUGUGUACAUCUCAUAUCUUGAAAACUGACAGAAUUGGUGAAUAACUUUUUCAUACUGUCCCUGCUUUUCCCCAUCCACUGAAAUGGCCUGCUGUAGCAAGAGGCUUUCAAGAAAGUAUACGAUGGAGUCGCACUGGCCGUCAUUGUUGGGGUGCGAGUUUUAUAGAUUAAAGCAGCAAUUAGCUACAUGGUUGAGAGUUACUGUGUGGGGUGUAUGGUAUGUUUUCUUGUUUUUGUUUUCUUGUUUUUGUUUUUUAGACUUAAUAAACAAGUACAACACAAGCUGGCCUUGUGUUGCUGGCUCCUGUUCAGUAUUCCUGGGGAUUGUUUGCUUUUUAAGUGAAACACUUCUGACCAAUAGCACAGAACGUCUUAAUGCCAGAGGUCACUUCAGCAUCUUCCUGCUUUGAAAACUCACGGCUGGCUGCGUCACUGCCCUGAGACUCAGUGAGACGAGUAGCUUUGUUCAUCUCUUUACAUCCUCUGAUGGUUUAUCUUGUACAGAUAGGCACAAAGAGAAGGUGCUUGCUAACAGAGGGACCCUGCUGUGAUGUCCCAACAAGCUGUUGAGUUUAAAUUGCUGAAUGACAUUAUUUGAGCUGUUUACAGCUUACUGUAUGUUAGUGUGAACUAAAUGAAGGUUAAAACAUGCUUUAGAAAAAUGCACUGAGCUCUGCACUGUGUGUACAGCAUUGGACGAAGGAUUUAUUCAUUUUGUUGCAUUAUUUUGGAUAUUGUCUUUUCAUUUUAAUAAAGUUAUAUUACUUAUUUAUGA